ACGUCUUUCCCAAGGAAAAUGGCCCGCCGUGCCAGUGCCCAGGAAACGCUAGUCGAUGUUGACAGCCACAACCAGCCUCCCGAAAGCUUCCAAAGACUUCUCAAUCGCCAGAAGACGGGGCGGCUUAUCAAAGGAGGGGCACAUGGGCCGAGAGUUGUUGAUCAAUCAAAAGGCACCCAGUCACUCUCUGGACAAUUUUGUAGCAGUUUAUUAGCUUAAAGGCUGAUGUGACAGUUUGCCCGCGCCCCCCCGGACGAUCUCGCGAAGGCUUAGGAGGCCGUGUGGGAACUAGCCGGUGGUCGCCGUCUGAUCAGCCGACCUGGUCUCCGUCUGCUUCAAUCGCCGUCUGUCAAACUUGAAGCUGUCACUCUUCUGCCGCACUCGGUGACUCGGCUAUCCUCAGACAGCCCUGUUUCCUCAUCACCCAAUGCGCACUUCGCCAGUGCCGGUUGUGCUGCAUUAUUGGGACUAUUCGGGGAGUACGUCCGCAGCUACGAUGGUCUUCUUUUAUUCAGCCUUGUUGGAACAAUUUUCGGCACAACCAGUGGCCAGACCGCCUGCAAUAAGUAUCAGACUGGCCGCUCAGGCCGGUAGCUGAGAUGGCCUAUAUUGCUGUGCUGCAAUGUGUACAUCGGCCGAAUAGAGGCAGAGUGGAGGGAUCUGGUACUGACGGACCUGGGUCGGUCUGCACCAGGGUACAUGUUCUCUGGCAUUGUUGCUGUCGGAGCAGGUUGUGUAGGUCGGCAUUACCACAAGAACGCAAUGUGGGAGGAUGGGAAAGUUCAGAAGCGACAAAAUUGUCAGGCAGCAUUCUCGACACGGGGAAAUGUAUGCAUGGUGAUUCAGUUAACCAAGAGAUCAGCCUCCCUCCUUUAUGCAUGGGAACUUUGCUGCGGUGAUGGCUGUGUGAAAGGCGACACUCGUUGUGUGCAAGUGAGUUGAGUUGAGUUGAGGGCGCAGCUGCACUCUGCAGUUUUUCUCUCUCUUUCCUUGUCGCCGUCAGCAACUUGAACGUGAACCUCAACUUUCUGCCCGUGCGAAUACACUGCUUGCCUUGCUGAGCUGCUUCUCUGCUUUGACGCGUGUUGGUGCCAUCUUCUCUUGGUUCUCAUUCAGCUUCUGCCCCGUCUCCUCUCUUUCUUGUCAUCUUCUCACAGUGCUGUCGCGGUCCACCGUCCUAUGUCCGCAACAAAGCCUUCUGAGCGUCUGCUCAGAUACCCGCCCAUGGAGAGACAGGACCUGAAUCAGUCCCAGUUGGGCAGCUUCAAGUUCACACCAGUAGACAAGGUCCAGUCAAUCGACACCAUUGCCACAAAUUACUUGCAGCAGCAACUGGCAGAGAGCCUCAUGCGAGCGGAAAAGUCCAGAUUUCUGGCAUCUGCCCAGCCACACAGUUCAACUGAGGUCAAGGUGACAUCGCCAGCUCUGAGUUUUGGUUCAACCGACGCCGAGUUCUUUAACAAGCAUAUCAAGCCCGAUCUUGCUGAGUCGCGUCUGCGCCUAGGACCUGCAGCCUUUCGGUCUGCUGUUGAUGGAGGUGCAAGAAGCCCAACCAAGCAAGAUCACAUUCGCAUCCUGGGGCAGGUUCAGGAGCAUAGUUCAGGGUUGGCACCUGCUCAGAUGAACUAUUUCCCAGAUGAUACUGGACAUACCGCGUUGGAGAUACCAAACAUGGAUCCCACAGCUGCCGCCUUUGUGCCAACUGCGACACUCAACCAGUCUUUGGGUCUGGCCUUGGUGAACGAGCAGCAAGCGCACAAUACAACUCGGGAAGCCUUGAGAAAGGAAGUAGAACGUACCGCGCAAUUGGAAGAUCAGAUCAAGAAGCACCAGCAGCAGAUCUCACGCCUGACUGUCACAGUGAACAACCUGGGGGCAAUCAUCAAACAUAACCUCCAUAAGGACGUUGCUGUGACACCAGCCAAGGACAAAGAUGCAGAAGAAGCUGCUUUACAUGACUUCUACCGCACCAAUCCGCACCUUGUAAAGAAUAUUGAGAACUUGGGGAUGACUGAGGAUGCAAGAGGUCAGGACAAUAACAAAGGUCUGACUCACGCAAAGGGGGCAGCGGCCACUGUUCAAGCGGACGCUGUGAAAGUCGACGAGAAUCAGCUUUACAAUUUCGAGUUGUUGACAAAUCCCCAUGACGACGGCUCGCCAAUAUCUGCUUUGCGCCGAACCCUGCGAAAACAGUUCUCCAUCGCUGAGAGUAUCGGCGGCAGCCAGAUCAACUCCGCAAUCACCCCGUCAAAACAACCAAUAAAGGACAAUAGACUCAUCGAGAUAUCCCCGGAGUCCGGUGAGAGUGUCAAAGAAGCUGAUCAGGGCGAAGCUGUCGGCACCAGCCCAAGCCCAGGCAAAGACAAUAAGAAGGCGGUUACUGGCAAGCUGUUCAAGCGCAGUGAUAGCAGUGCGAAUCUGAAGACACGUCUUCUGACUGCAAAAACUCCAGUCGCGCAAUUGCCGACCACACUCAGCAACAAAUGCGCGCGGCAACCUUUAUCUAACCACCAAGUAGUGCUCAAGAACCAGACAAACGAUCCCCAGCAGAAGAUGGCAACACCGAAUCUACCUAACCUCUGGAAUCAGAAUGAGGCGGGAGGGGCCAGUGGCGCAGACAAGAGCGCGGUUGAUGGCAACAAUGAUGGAAGCUCGAGUCAGACAUCUACGCAUGAAGGUGGUGCUCAACGCCUUCAAAUUACUCGACCCCCUACACGGGCGACUGUCCAAAUUCCUGGAAACUUUGAUGGCCAUCCAAAGUGGCUAGUAACCAAGGAAAAUCCCAUCUUCGAGUCCGACGAAGAAAUUUGGGCUGCUAUCAAAGAGUCCGGUCCCCCCUGGAUGACGAGAAGUGCCUUCGCAGAUCAUCCCGUUCGCUACCUGCCAGAGGAUGCCGUCCGUGAUCAGAACGCGUAUCGUACAGUCAUGAUGGACGAAAUCCCCGUUGGUACAACCAUGAAAGACGUUCUUAGUAUGAUCCGCGGGGGUACUCUGGAAUCUCUUCAGCUCUUGCCGCCCAUUGGUCGCGCCACUUCUUUCAUGACUGCUCGGGUGGUUUUUCUCCACGAGGGAGCAGCUGAUGGAAUGAGAGCACGUCAUCAACGCGUACCCUUCACCAUCAACGGAACUCAGGUCCGCGUUUGGAAACCGAUUGAUCCAACAUACCCACUACCUCGCGAUAUCGAAGAUGGUGUUUGGGGCGAAGAUGAAGCCAGCCGAAUCCUGUUGAUCGGUAACAUUCACGACAGCCUGUUCGAAGUCAUCCCCACGAAGUUGGCCCGCCUGGCCCUUAGCAGCUCGGUGAUCGAAUAUAGCUGGACUUGGGAUGGCUACGCUUCCAUCGAGUUUGCCGACAUCAAGAGCGCAUUUCAUGCCUCCAGAGAACUGAAGGCUCACGAAGAUUUGUACGACGCAGACUUUCGCUUCGACCGGGACUACACCUCGGACAAGUACGAGGCCCUUCAGGACAGUGACGAAUAGGGUAUGAAUGAUUGCUUGCCACCAGGAGGCUAAAGAAGGUUCUGCCAGAAUUGGUUCAUGGACGCACUCGCGCAACAAGCACGAGGUUGGGCACUGUUAGUGCGGAGGGCCAAGAAGCCACAAUCAACUGAGAUAGUAAAAAUGAGAUGCAUCACUCCA